UGGUGGGCCGUGUCCGAGGAGCCCUUCUCCUUUUAUGGGGACAUCAUCGCUUUCCCUUUGCAGGAUUACGGUGGGAUCAUGGCAGGGCUGGGCUCCGAUCCCUGGUGGAAGAAAACACUUUACUUGACCGGGGGAGCUUUGCUGGCCGCAGCUGCGUAUCUGCUCCACGAACUCCUGGUCAUUAGGAAACAGCAAGAGAUUGACUCCAAAGAUGCUAUUAUUUUGCAUCAGUUUGCAAGACCUAACAAUGGUGUUCCCAGUUUAUCUCCUUUCUGUUUGAAAAUGGAAACUUAUUUAAGGAUGGCUGACUUGCCCUAUCAGCCCCAAACUCUUGCAGGCUUCCUCAAGCACCCUGUGCCCCACCCACCUGCCCUGAAGUCCUCACAGUGCAUCAACCAGCCAGGGCUCUUCCUGCAUGCGUCUUCUCCCUCUGCUCUGCCUGGCGAGCUUCUGCUCGUCCUUAAGAUCAGUUAUGCUUAUGACGAAGCCGAUCAAAAUCCUCUUCUUGACUCCUCAAUACUUUAUUUUGAGAGACUUAUAAAAAAGAGGACGUUAGCUUAUUGCCAGUGGGUGGACAAUCUCAAUGAGACCCGGAAGAUGCUCUCUCUUAGUGGUGGUGGUCCCUUCAGCAACCUGCUGAGGUGGAUCGUGUGCCACAUAACAAAAGGAAUUGUGAAACGCGAGAUGCACGGCCACGGCAUUGGCCGCUUCUCAGAGGAAGAGAUUUACAUGCUGAUGGAGAAGGACAUGCGGUCUUUAGCGGGGCUUUUGGGUGAUAAGAAGUAUAUCAUGGGGCCCAAGCUUUCCACUCUCGACGCUACUGUCUUUGGACACUUGGCACAGGCAAUGUGGACCUUACCUGGGACGAGACCUGAGCGGCUGAUCAAAGGUGAACUGAUCAACCUCGCCAUGUACUGUGAGAGGAUAAGGAGGAAAUUCUGGCCAGAGUGGCACCACGAUGACGACAACACCAUCUAUGAGUCUGAGGAGAGCAGCGAAGGCAGCAAAACCCACACACCCCUGCUGGACUUCAGCUUUUACUCAAGGACAGAGACCUUUGAAGACGAGGGAGCAGAGAACAGUUUUUCCAGAACCCCAGACACGGAUUUCACUGGACACUCACUCUUUGAUUCUGAUGUGGACAUGGAUGACUACACAGACCAUGAACAGUGCAAGUGACGUUCAGGUUCGCUGUCCCUCUUCUGCUGGAGCUGCCACUCCCUGGGGUCAGUCCAGUUUCCCAGGUAGAAUUCCAUCGAAGCUGGGAGGAGAUCUUUGUGCUUGGCACAGUUCUCACAAGCUAACUGGACUGUAGCAGCCUUAUUUCUUUUUUGUACAAACAAAACACAACCAUUCAAAUGGCUCCAUUUAAAACGAACAGACAAAAAAAAAAAAAUGUCAGCAUGGUUCCUGAAAUCCAUUUUUGUUUUCAUUAGAAAACUAAUAUUGUGAGGUAGGCCAGGUGCAAGAGGGGGUUUUCCUCAGAUUGUUUAUAUUGAUCCUCUUCAACAUGAGGGCUUAGUUGUGAGAUGAAUUCUUAAACCGCCUUCAUCCACCAGGAUUUGAAGUGAUGAGAGAUGUCAUCAGAAGAAAUGUAGGAGAUAAAUGUUCUGUGGUGGCUGCUUGUAUUUUAUGUGUGCAUAUUGUAUGUUGAGGUAUAAGUCAAAUAAAACCCAUAGGUAGUGAACACCUACUAUGUGCAAAGCACUGUGCUAGGUGCUAACCAGUAUACGUUUUAGUCAAAGCUCUGCCAGUGACUAGCUGUGUGAUGCUGGGCAAGUCCCUUAAUUCUCGUGUGCCUCAGUUCCCCCACCUGUAAAGUGGGGCUAACAAUACUCUUCACCUACCUACCUCACAGGGGUGUUGUGAGGAUUCAUGGGGUCACAUUUGGCUCUUUAAACCUCUUGGAAGAGGUGUGACAUAAACACAACAUUUUAUUCUUUACUGUGCUUCGUGUGUGUGAAGAUUUUAGGGCAAAGGAAUUCCACAUCCGGGCAACAGCAGACACAGUCCCUCACAAAAGCUGAGCAGGUGAAACACACACAAAGGCACAGUCGAGACUCGGUCAUCAUUCCUCUUUGUGAUCUUGCUUGAACCGAAAUCUUUUGUUGAAUGAAUCUUGGAAAUAUUUUUACAAAUCAUCAACAGCUACAAAUGGUCUUCAGUUAUGUUUGCAGGAACGUCUUUCUUUCAUUGCCUGAACACACACUGGAAUGUUGUCCUUUGUUGACUCCUGAGUGUUACAUUGCCCGUGUUUGAUUUAUUUGGAGGGACUAAAGCUCGGCAAUAUGAUGGGCUUAAUAGAGGUGAAGGGGAAAGUGUUUGAUUGAUUUUUGUAAGUAGAAGCUUGCCAACUUGUAAUGUCUUUUUGAAAACUUGUAAGAGAUAUUGAAAAGGUGAAGUAGGAAGAGGAUCCUGUUACUACUAUCAGAGCACUUUGUGCGGUGUAGACUCUAUGCAGUUUUAUUAAUGCAACUUUUCUGGUGUCCUCAGCCAUUGCCCAGUGAGAGGAAGGCAACGCCGAGGACAAAUUUUAAUGUUUCUUAAGGACCUUCCAUUUCUUCCCUGUACGCCCCUGCCCCUGCCCUGCCUUUAGAGACUCUGAACUCUGUAUAUACACUGUAUUUACUAAGGCACUCUCUCUGAAGACACAGUUUUUGUUGACGUAAAAUAUUUUCCAGUGAAAUUUGGAGUGAAGAUCCUGAGGUGAUGGCCAUGGAUUUGGGCUGAGAGAGUCAGUGUUAAGAUUUACAACUGCAAACAAAACUGCUGUGUUUCUGACCACUACUGACGGACCGCAUAAGGAUUAUUCAUUACGGGGUUAAAGAGGCACUUCUUAAAAGACAGCGACUUCUUCUGAGAAGUUCAUGUGCUUUGCUUGAAAAAGACUCUUUGAAUGUAGCUUUUGCAAAACAAUCCUAAAAUGCUGUGGAUUCACAGGGAGAUCAAGGAGGAGAGUUUUUGAGGCUGUUUACCAUUUAAGCAACUGUGUAGGGCAUAUAGAACUGGAAGAAAUGCUGAAAUACCCUAAGUUAGAAAUUCUUACUCCACAGAAAACUCAGUUGUUGGCAUCUUCUUAAAACCAUUCAUUUUUGGGAGGACUAUUUGGUGCCUCAUGAGAAUGUGGUGGCGAAGAUAAUGGAUAAGCCUGCCUGGUUUGUCUCCAGUGUCAUUUGGGAGGACUGUUUGCUGCUUUUCUCUUGAGCAAGUGUGUCCCGAGGACAGCUGGUGGUAGUUCUGUGUGACAAGGAAAGUUCCUGGCCUGGAAAUGUGAGUGUAAUUAACAGGCGGACUCUAUCUCCACAAAGACUGAGUUGUCCUUUCUCCACGAGCAGCUGGAAAGAGUUGUGUUUGAAAUUUUGUCUACAAUUUAUCCUUACUGUAUUGCACCAAGUAUGAUGUGUUUUCACUCCAAGAAUGAUUAAGUUAUGAGUCUGUAGAUUCACAUAUAUUUUUAUUGUGUUUUACUUAGAGGGCAAGCACAUGGAGAGCCAACGUUUAAAGUGGAGUUGUAAAACAGUUUAUUCUAUUCAGGUACCUCCCACAGGGGCUUGAGGGGACAUUGCCACCCGGAGUCUUGGGUACUGGCCUGACAGCUCGUGACUGGGGUAACCAACAUUUUGUAGGUGUAAUUACAACUCUAGAAUAUAUUUAGGUUUUACUUUCCCAAUGUGUGUUCUGGGAACAAAAUGGUCAAGACAAAAUUCAUUGUGGUGUGGAUGACUUACGCAUUCUUUAUUGGGAGGGCUUUAAUUUUAUGUGGUUCAUUCUUUAGCUAUCUAGGUUUGAAGCAUUUUCCAAUUUGAUGAACAGGUGCUACUUAUUAGAAAAAUUAACAUCAAGACAUUAGGAGACAUUUUGGUCAUUUGGCUCACUUGAUCAACUUCUGUGUUUCUUUUUACUGGACAGUAACUUAAGGAAGUGUGCUCUUUACUGUUGAUAGAUGCUUUUGGUUGGACAGAAGACCCAUGGACCACCUAUUCUUUUUUUUUAACCUCUCAUUGUGAAAAUAAAUUCUGCCUCUCUAUCCACUUCCCUUUGCCCUCCCCAUCACCACUCAUCAGGAUUAUUGAGCAGCAGUAGUAUGCUUUGCCUUGUAUAUAUCAGAGUAGAUACAAGAACAAUAUAAAUUUAUGCAGAAGUAAACUAAAUUGUGAGUUUACCAUUUUAUUGUUGUAACAUAAUCAUGAAUGGUGACACUUCCAAGGCCAUGGCUUACCCAGGAGACUGAUCCCAGUCUUAGAACAACUGGGACGUGCAUCACAAUAGCAUGUCACUAGUGCCCAAGUGAGCCCGCCUGUGUGUAGUGAGGUAAGAGGACAUGUUUUUGUGAAACAGCUAGGGUUCAAGGACAGGGAGUGUUAAGGACUUGAGAUUCAUGGGUCGUGCCUGGGUUAUUUGAGAGAAAGGGUUGAACCAUAGAAAUGUAUAGCUAGGCCAUGGAUUGGUUAGCUCUAGAAAGCCCCUGACAAGAAGGCCCUGAGGCUGUUAUUGGCUCUGUGUGACAUGUAUACUUAUUUGAAGGGCAGGACCAGGAACUGAGGUCUUUCACCUUUCCAUAGAUAGUUCUUGCUGUUGCUGUUUUACCGCUUUGACUUGGUUUCAUUUUAGAAUACGCACUGCCUGAGAGAUCACUCCCUGUUCCUAGAACUAACACAUCCUGGCCUCUCUCAGAGAGUGCUGGGAGUCCUCAACUCCUGCCCUUCCUGCCCCUCCCCCCGCCAUGUCUACUCAGCCUGGUGGAGGCCCAUUCAAGAGAAAUUUCUUCAGCAUCUACUCUGUGCAAUAAGGCACUGCUAGGUUCUGUGAAUGAUACCAAGAUGGAUAUCCAAGUCACCAGUAUUCCUCAUGCUUUGUUAUUUAUCUUUUAAAGCAUCCAUCCCCAUAUGCUCACUAUCCCCUGUGCCUGGCCCUGGGACCCACAUUGGAUUUAGGGUGGUGAACAGAACAGACAAGGCACCCUGAUAUGAGGGCACCCUCUUUUGGCUAGACUUCUGUGAUAGUUGUUUAUGUGCUUGGCUACUUCCCUGAUGCAUUCCACCCAUCACCACUAGGUUGAUCUUACUAAAAAGCUCUGGCCUUCAUGGGCUGCCAUAUUGCCUCAGGGUGAGGGUCACUUCUUGGGCCUCACCUCUUUACUUACCUUGUCACCUGGGGCUCUUUCAUGUGAGCCAUCCAGUGCAUCUAGGGUGGUCCAUUUGCCGUGGCUUAAACAUGCCUCAUGGGCCCUCGCUCUGUGCCUCUGUGCAUGCCAGUCCCUCUCCUGAAAUGCCUGCCCUUCUUUUCCAUUGACCCAACUCAUACCCACCUCUCAAGGCCCAACUUCAUCAGUUCUGCAAGAAGACAUCACAGCUCAUUAUAAUCUCCCCUUCCGCUAGAAACACAGCACUCAGUCAUUUCCUUCCCUGAAGGCUGCAUGGGAAAGGUAUGCUCAGAAAGUGGGCCACAUGCUAAGAAGCAGUCGUUUUAAAUUUUUGUGUCAGGGACUCCACUGAUAAUGUAAAGAAAAUCCUCUACCCUAUUCCCAGAAAAAUACACAUAUGCAAAUAUAUAAAUUUACAUGUAAAUUCAGGAGCAUCAGAGACCUUUUGAAAUUUUCUGUGGAUACUUUUGGGGGUUCAAGGACCCCAGUUGAAGAAGCCUUCUUCUAAAGAGUUUCAAAGUUGUUGUUAGUGUUCAUUCUUUCUUGCCUUUAACAUACCCAGAGAGGAGAAAAAUUGGAAUGUGCUGUGCAAGCAGAAGUAAUGUCUAUUAUUAUCCACAUUGAAUAUCUGCUGAGUGACAGGGGAGGAAGAAGACCUGGCUUACAUUAAUUGAGAGAAUAUCUUUGUUUUGACGGAUUUGGCAUUUUGAAAGUGACAGGGCUUCAUCAUUGUCACCAUUGUCAUUUAUUUUUUAACCAUCUCAAAGGUCAAUUUAUCACAAUCAGUUCAGGGCCAGGUGAGCUUCAUUCAGCCUUGAAAGCCACCACUUCUGCAUGGGCAGUCUGACUGGCCUGGGGCUUAGGCGGGAGAGAAAAGGCUGGGUUAUUCCUUACAGGAAAAAGGUCUGCACAAGCAGUUUUUUUUUUCUGUACGCAUUCAUUCAUUCACUCAUUCAUUCAUUCAUAGAACAAUUGUUGAGUGUAUUUUCAAUAAAGGGAUGGUGUCUUUUGUUGAUAGGUAACAACUCAGGUUAUUUUCUUUUUUUUUUAAACAAGGUGUAGUUAUUUUUGUUGCUCCCGAAUAUGACCCAGGGUCUUUUGUUCUCCUUUAUAUGCAGUGCUGUUUAAGUUGAACAAGAACAGGUGGAAGUACAUUCAGUGACAAAUAUUACUUCUGAGUCUAAAUGUUGAACUCUGGCCACCCAUCUUAACAGGUCUAAGGAUAAAUUGCAUGUGAUUGUGGUGCACUUAACCUUCAUUCCCUUGCUUCCAGGGUCUGGAUGAAACCUGCAAAGUUCUAAAGAACCCCUUAGUGGGUGGGGCAGGGGCCACUUCUUGCCUGCAGAACUCUUACUAGUGCCAGGAGGCAAUGAGUGUGGGAUUUUUGUCAUUUGAAUUCCUUACCAGAAACUUAGGUUUUAGUCCCUGACUUUAAAGAGUAUCUUAAAGAUAUUUGAGCUUCCUUAAUCUUUAAGAUAACUGGAAGCAGGAACCUAUAGGCCUUGCUCCUUAAAGAUGGUUACAGAGAAACCUGAAAAACAGCUUGGAGGAAAGCAACUCCCUGUUUUGGGGCUGACAGUAACCACAUCAUUCAUUCUGGCUCCUGUUGAAGCAGAGAACUCGUCCAUAAACCAAAGCUCUCUGAAACUGCUGCUGGCAGCGAGACCAUGACAAAUUAGGAUGCUCAAAUUUCAAGAGGAAUAUUGCUCCAAAUUGUCAAAUUUGUAGACAAAUGAAGGAGACAUUUCAAUAAAAAAAACCAAAUAACUUGUGGAUGUGGUCUAGUCAGCAGCAACACUCCCUGUAUUUCAUUGGGUAAUCGAGUUAUCUAGAGCAAAAGAUUGACACAGUCCUCCAGUGUUCUGUAUACAGUUAAGUAAUUUCAGCAAUGAACUUGAUGACCCUCUUGAAUGUUUUAAAAUUGCUAUUGUCCAUAAUUACAGCUUUAAAUAUUUUGAGAUGAUUUACUAACUGUAUGGCAAUAUAUAUUUAUGAUAAUAGUCUUAUGAAAAGCAGUAUUACUAAAUGUGACUAAUUCACUUCUCACCCCCCAUUGGCAAGCAUUUUGUUGUUGUUGUUCUUUUGUGUGGCCCUGGAAUAGAGUAACUUCUACUUAUUAGUAAUAUUUAAACUGUUUUCCUUUUUCAGUAUUUUAAAAAAAUUACCCUAUGACUUUAAAAACAAUAGGAUUCAGCUCCUGAAUUGCCAUGUUAAUUAGUAUUGUCAUUGUCGAAAUAGCUAGCCGAGGGAAAAUAAUACAAUUAUCCACUGGAGGGCUAGAGCAGAGAAAUGCUUUGGAUAUUUAUUAUCUCCCUCCUCUUAAAAAAAAGUUCUAUGGACUUUUCCCUCUAACAGUUGUUCAGAGUUUGAAGAGUUCUCGCAUAUUUGAUACUAUCCCCCAAAAGAUCACAUCUGGCUUAUUAAAGCAUAUACCAUGUCCAAAUGGUUAUAUUUUUAUCUUUAAUAAAUUAUAUCUGAUUUUUUUUGUAGCAAUAAGACUAAAGACAAUGCUCAAAUUUUCAAGGGUUCUCUGCUUCAGUAGGGGUGACUCCUGUCAAAAUGAUUUUACCUCAGUGAUCAAUCUCAUGGGACUAUGGUUAUUGUAAGCAUUUAUUUUUCCCAAUGAUCUGCAUCAUGCGGGGUGUCUGACAGCUCAAAUAUUGAUGAGGGUGAUGGGUUCUGGAUGGUGAUGUUUGGGAAGAUGGGGGUCUGAGUCUUUCAUUUGGUGAUAUUUGAAUUUCACUGAGUGGGAGAAAAGAAGGAAAGUAAAAGAUACAGGGGCUUCAAGUAACCAGGUGGUACGGCUGGGUUAGAGGUGUGUCAGGUACACUGCAAGUUUUCUAGGCAGUGGCAUCUUGCUAAAAUGAAGUACGGGUUUAAAAAAAACAAACAAAUGUAAUCUGUAGGAAGGAUGGUCUGCGGCUAUACAAGUGGUUGAUGCAGGGAGCACUGAAGCAACGUGACCUUUGUCUUAGAUUAUAUGCUCAUGCUCCCAGAGUGUCUUACCUGAAGCAACCACUGGGAACCAGGGGAGCAGCCGAGGGUGGCCAGCCCCAGUGUGUGUGUUCACUCCUGUGAUUCUGGAACUUUCUUCUAGUCUCUCAAAAGUGUUUGUGGCACAUAGUUUUCAUUUUCUAAAUAUAAAAUGUACAAAGUAAUGUAUAUUUGUUGUAUAGAAAUCCUUUGAAACGUUUGGAGACAUCCCGAAUCAUCCCUGUGUAGGCAGCGGUCUCCAAACCUUUGUGCUCAUUCACCUCAUCAGUAAAAGUUCCUGGGCAUGCCCCUCAGCAUAUUUAUUCAUAAACACACGGCUCACCCUGCUGUACUGAUGCAUUAUGUACAUUGGAAAUCAUGCGGACAGACAUUUACAAAGAAGACUCUCUUACUCAACAGAGUUUAGAGAAUGGGCAAGGGGACAUAGGGUAGCACCUAGAAGACUGCAAUUGGCUAAAGAAUGUUUAUGUAACGUGUGGCAAAGUGGAUGUAAAAUAGGCAUGGGCGCAUGAUUUUGGGUCAAGGUAUUUCUUUUAUUAUUUUUAAAAUUUAUUUUUACUUGAAACGGGGUUAGGGGAAAAGAAGAGUGAAUAACUAGAUGUCACCUUUAUAAGAGCUCUUUUAAAUUCUUUUUUUGGGAUCACUUGCUCUAGAAUGUCUUGAAAAUUCCUGGAAGAUUUCACAGUACACUGAUUGACUUAAAACAAGGAAAGAAAGGUGGGCAGAAAAACCAAACAAUGCAAAUGCAGAUGUAUUGCCUGAGAUUUCCAGCGCCUAUCUGAAAAACAUGUUUUGAUAAUUCCUGGUAAUCAUGAUCUCACCGAUUAUAAUGACUGUCUUUUAUUUGUUUGUAACUUCCUGUUUCUAAAUGUGUGGGAGGUGUACAGAUUUAUUUUCAGAUAUCUAAGACGGGAGGGACCCCUCUGAGUAUAAUUGGAACCCAUGUUUCAGCUGCUUGGGGGCUGAUGGGUGGACGCUGCUUGGAAACAUUUACCUGCACCAUCUGUUUUGCAAACACAAGGACUACUAGCAUCUUGCUGAAUGAGGGCCUCGUCGUGGAGGCAGCAUUCCAAUGUUUAUUUUUGGACCUAUGAGUUACUUUGGCAGUUAUUGUUAGUAGUUUAUAAAGCCAUAUUUAAACUUGUACACUUGAUUGUAAGAUAGGUUUGAAUUGUGCACUUUGUUGAUUACUGUAUAUAAAUGUGGAAAUUCUGUAUAUUUGGUCUUAAUGCUGUAUGUAUUUGAUGUGUAAAUGAUAACUUAAUGGAUACGAAAUA